UGUUGCUUUGCGAGAACGACAGUGACCGAGUUACACGAUCACGUUCGCGAUUAUCUUUCGGUUACGAUUUUUUUUUGCCUUAAGACAAUAAGUACACUGCAAAGACUAGAAGUAGCUGUUCAAGUUGAAGUUUACAACUAGCCACAAUGUCGGUGACCGGGGCCGCUUCAUCGUCGACAAGCUGCGCUUCCACCCCAGCGUCCAACCUUCCAGCAGUAAUGAAUCCGGAUAAUUGGAUCGGGCAGGGGGUCGAUGCCGUACUGGGCAGUUGCCGCGUCCGGGCGUCGCAGAUCGCCGUGCGUAGCCCUUCUGUUCUUAACGUCCUCGAUGCCAUUGAUAGCAUAAAGGCAGAAGAUGCGGAAGGGAAGGCGAUGGACAUCAUUUUUGAGUAUCGACUUUCGCGAUUUACAUAAAAGCUUGUUGCCCCGUUGCUUACUUUGUUCGAUGCGCAGGCGCGAAGAAAUUUUUUGCCGAAUAUCUUUGAAGAAUUUAUCAAAAUGCCAGGUACGUCGACGCGAAGCGGAGGAAGGACCACAUUGACCGUUUGAUGGCGGCUGGACUUGCGGAUGUGAACAUCCACAAAGUGUCAGGAUGCGAGUUCGCGUUGGCCGUGCGUACCGCUUAUCGUACUGCAGGCAGCCCGGUUGUUCCUGCAGACCAUCUUGCAGUAACGUUGAAGAAUUGCAGCGAGACCGUUGUCCUCGAUGACGCGUCUCUUGUACAGCGACAAUCGAACCCACUACGAGAAUACACUUACCCCCCUGAUAUAUGGGUGGCGCUUGCCGAAGUUAAUAAGUUGAGCGACGAUGUGGUCUUGGACUGGUUACUGCAUUGCCCAUUUUACGCCAAAAAGCUUUAUUGUGGUAUUGACCCGGGGAAUCGACCGGGAGAUUUACAGCCACCGUAUAGGAUGAUGUCCAAGCCAUUGUUUAUUGCGCUUUGUCGUGGCGAUUUCGAACUGGCGGACAAGAUGCUUCAGCUUGGAUUGUUUCACGUGAAUGAAACGCAGGGGGUUGCCGAUGGGAGCUCAUCCAAGUUUCUCUUCGACGCGAUUUACCUGAUGUUUCAAGCGGGUAUCCCAGAAAGUGACGCGCACGCAGAAGCUAACCGUUUUCGUCCAUUAGUCCGCUCGCGGUUUCGCCAAAUUAUCACGUAUCUCAUCGGUAAUGGAUCUAGCAUGGACAGCAGCGACUGUCUUUUUGAGAAUGCCGACAGAAGUCGCACUGUUCUUCACACACUCUACGCAGAGCUGGCGCGAGCAAAUUGUCUGGACUUCGAGGAUGCCCACCGCGUCACCAGACGCGAGCUAGCCGGACAAGUGGAAGACUUUUGUUUCUGUAUCGACGCACUGAAGCUUGACGUCAAUGAGUCUUUCCCUUGGACUCAUGAAUUCGACAGAUCCACUCUCAUGACGGUGUUGCAGAGAUAUCGUGCCCCAGUAAUCGAACUGCUGAAGUGCGGAGCGCUUUGCCCUUCCAGUUUCGGGAGCGGAGAAGUAAGCCUUGCUGCGCUGGCGACGGACAGCCAGAACAUCCACAACAAUACGACGGCCCGGAGGCUGAGGCAUCUGAGAACACUUGCGGUCGCCGAACUCAACAGCGCGGUGGCGCGGCAAACAGGCGGAGAUAGUAAGAGUUCAGCAACUAAUGUUGACGUUGCCAGGCCGGCUGCAGAUGAAGAGAGCGAAGCACCUGCCGGCUUGCCUACGAAGCAGCGUCGUGUGGAGAUGAAUCCCAAAGGUGCCGAGGUCUCAGCCGCAACUCUGACCGUAGGCCAGGCGAUUCAAAAGUUGCUCGACCGGGCUGAUUUGCUUCAGGAAGCAGAAGUUGACAAGUUGCGAAACGGAGAGCAGCAUUGCAAUGGAAUGAGCAAGAACGAAAUUGUGGACGGCAUCAAGCGGCAGCUGGGGCGGUUUCGUAGGCGCGAGGAGGACCGCGGCGUCGCUUCACCUGAUACACAGUCACAAAAGAGGCCAGGCGAUGCGCUGGUGCUGGUGUAUCGUUAUCUCCAUGCAAAGUUUCCAUCAGACCACCCAGAUAUGGUUAUUUUCGCUGCGCUACUACAGGCACAAAACCAGUAUGGUCCUAACCGCCAAACCUGCGACCCGAUGAUGCUGGUACUGAAUCUUCUCGAGGGGCGAGUGACCGUUCCGGAUCCAGCCGAGGGCGCGCAGGUGCCGAGCGGGCCAAGCACCUAUGUUAAGACGUUGCGAGAGCUCCGUGCCCACAACACAGACCAGAUCAUCGCAGAGGGACAGGCACGGCUUGCCACGCUCAACAGGACGAAAUUGCUCGAGGACAUCUACAAUUUGGUCACCGGCGGCGAGGCCCUUGAGUAUGCAAAAAACCGGCUGCGCGGACUUUUCUUUGAACAGAUGCUGACGGACUGCGACCAUGAUUUUGCCAAGUACAUUAUCGACGACGAUGACGAGGAUGCGUUGGAAUUCAUCCCCGCUGGGCUGCAGCGCUUGUUGAAAGAUAUCUCCGAGAUAUCCUGCAUCUUCACGGAAGAAUUCUUCUCACAGCGGAUGUCGGAGGCAUUUCGUCCCUUCGUGUCUGGUGCGACAAGCUCCGCGGCGUGAGAAGACUGCGAGUUUCUUUCUCGCGUCUGUGGUUCGCUUUCCACCAAAGCGCGGCAUCCAGUCACACCCGCUCAAGAAAAAAUCCGAAUUGAUGAACAACACGUAAUGGAACAAUCUUGCCGAUCUUGCGAAACAUGGAAGAGGGUUUUGCUUGUGCAGCAGAGUUGUAUGAGCAGUAGUUUUUGCAUUUGCUUCUAUUUACGAUCACAGAUGCCGCAUACGUAGCGUGCUGUUUUCUUUGGCAAGUUCUUCUCAGAAAGUGCCUACCUAGCGACCUACGUGUUUCAGUUUCACAUGGCUGCAACACAACAUUUUCACUUCCGCACGUGCGACAAAGACCAAAGUGCUAACCCAAUAAUCGCGCGUAAGCCAGCACGUUUCGAAAUAAAGACUGAAUAAUUCUUGGCGGCGCAUUGUGUCGGAUUUUUUCGUAUGAAAUGUACUAACAAAGAACUAUGAAGUAUGUACUUGUCUUCCGGGAAGGCCGCGCCGCCCCUAGCGCAGUGAUCAGGACCCUUUCAUUAAUUUCUGCUGUUGUAGUUCCACCAGAG